AUGCUUCUUCCGCACUACGACAAAUCCUCUUCAAUUAUUCCGUUAAUCGGAUUCGACCACUUCAAUCAUUUUCCGUUCCUACUACCGAUACUAUCAUUUGCGCUUAUUAUUUGUGAAAUAAAAGCAUCAACAGAUACUGAUAUCAUAAAUAAAUUACUUGGAAAAGGAUACGACUGGAGAGUACGACCGCCAGGUACAAAUCUUAGCAUUACAGGUGGUCACGGACCUGUUGUUGUUGCUGUAAAUAUGCUAAUACGAAGCAUAUCAAAAAUAGAUGAUGUAAAUAUGGAAUAUAGUGUACAGUUGACAUUCCGUGAAAGUUGGGUGGAUGGACGAUUGGCGUUUGGUUAUCCACGUGAUAAUACGCCUGAUUUUGUCAUUCUUACUGCUGGACAACAAAUUUGGAUGCCAGAUUCAUUUUUUCAGAAUGAAAAGCAUGCUCAACGCCAUAUGAUUGAUAAGCCGAAUGUUCUUAUACGUGUACAUAAAGAUGGUACCAUAUUGUAUAGUGUUCGAAUAUCGCUUGUAUUAUCAUGUCCAAUGCAUUUACAGUAUUAUCCAAUGGAUAUUCAAACGUGCCUUAUUGAUCUUGCCUCUUAUGCAUAUACAACAGAUGAUAUCGAAUAUGUAUGGAAGAGUAAAGAUCCGGUUCAAUUAAAAGAAGGUUUACAUUCAUCAUUGCCAAGUUUUCAACUUAGUAAUGUUACAACAACAUUCUGUACAAGUAAAACAAAUACCGGAACAUAUUCAUGUUUACGUACGGUAUUGGAAUUACGACGACAAUUCAGUUACUACUUAUUACAAUUAUAUGUACCCAGUUCAAUGCUUGUUAUCGUUUCGUGGGUAUCAUUUUGGUUAGAUCGUACCGCAAUACCAGCACGUGUCACAUUAGGUGUCACCACUUUGCUCACUAUGACCACUCAGGCUUCUGGAAUUAAUGCCAAAUUGCCACCUGUAUCUUAUACAAAAGCAAUUGAUGUAUGGAUUGGUGCAUGUCUCACUUUUAUUUUUGGAGCGCUAUUGGAAUUUGCUUGUGUCACAUAUAUGUCAUCACGAAAUCAUAGCAAAAAUAUGAAAAGAAAUAAAAGCACAAAUUCAUUAAUGGGACGAACUAAUCAAAUGGCAGCAACACAACUUAUCAUUUUUAACAAAAAUGCGAUGGAAUGCGGUGAAAUAUGGGUAAGGCAAAGAAAUGAUGACUCAGAUGAAGAAAAUGGUGAACAAUUUAAUAUGGUAAAUGGUGGUAAUAAAUGGCGGAGAAUUAGGCGCAAUCGUCAAAUGCUCAAAGACUAUUAUCGGCAAUUUCGAUUUAUUGGCUGGUUAAGGCGAAAAUUUCAUACUACCGAUCGUGCCAAACAAGCCGAUUACUUAUCAAGACUUAUCUUUCCGGCACUAUUCCUGAUAUUCAACUGUGCAUAUUGGUUGAAUUAUUCUCGUUAUCCGGUAUCAAGACCAACAUAA